UUUUAAACAUCUAUAUAUAUCCUCACUAACCUCAUUCUUAAUUAUAAUUAGUCUUAAUUAAAGACUACUCAACAGUAUGGGUUGCAUAAUCAGAUCUUUGCUACUCAUCCUUGCCUUGGCUCUUGUGAAUGCUCAAGCAAGAACUUUGACAGAAGACUAUGACAAUCUCAAGGCCAAGUAUGGACGAUACUUAGCGCCACCACCUCCGCCGAAAUCAGCACCACCAACCAAGCAGGAGCCACCGCUGCUCCUUCCAAGUUCGAACAAUUACGGCCGCCUCACGCCAUCUCCCCCACCUCCAAAGCCAGCCACUCCGGUAAUUCAAAUGAUCAGUUCUUGGACCGUCACAUCAAGCGAAGAGAACAACUUUUUGACCCCAAAAAUUUAUGGGAAUCGGGGAUUAUCGCCACCUCCCGCCCCAAAAGUGGCGCCACCCAAGCAUGAAUUAUCUGGCAAAGGAUUGGUGGAGUCGGAGCAAUCAUCGCGGAAUCUCUUUGUCUCCUCAACCUGAGCUUGAAGGGCUUUGCAUCAACCUCUAUGCGUGUAUCAUAGUAUGUUUUAUGAUCUAGCUUGUUUUGGUCCAAUAAAAGCUGUAGGUAUGUAAAUUUUGUCUUUAUUCAUCUUACCUUUGCCACUCAUGUGACAAUGAUGUAAGGUGAACUGUAAUAGAGUGAAAGUGUGCUCUCAUCUGACAAAGCUCAAAGAAUGAUAAGCAAGAGUUUGUUGGAGUAUUACUGUUCCAUAGAAAUGCUAUCUCCUGGUAAAAAUAAGGUGGAUGAGUGAAUAUUCUUACAGUAGAGCUGAUAAUGAUCGGUUAUGAAAAA